AUGGUUAACAAGCCCACGCGAUGCGCGAGCAAGGCCGCCGAGAGCGCGUCCGCACGUCUCUGGGCGGACGACGAAGCAGAAACCGCAGCAACUGAUGUCUCAUCGGUUGCUGAAGAGACCCAGCCUGUGUCACUUGGUGACGCAGGCGCUGGUCAUGAAGAGACUCGUGUCUUCACAGAGUACGAGCUCGGUGUCUCGUACUCUCCUGAUACGGAUGACGGAUCCGUAUCGACGGCGAUUGAAUCCAAGCCGCCUGCCAAGCGUGGCAUGGACGAUGCUUUGCGUCGCAGCAUCUUUGGUUCAUCUGACGAAUCAGAUGAACCAUCGCCGAAGCGAAGGCGCUCGAGGUCGCGAGACUCGGGCGCUAAUAGUGGUGUCGGUUCUCCAAUGGACACCACUUCGCAACGAGUUACCAGUCCUUCUGUCGGCACGUCGCAGGAAGAGCGAGACCGCAAUGUCUUGCGUCUCGCUCCAGAAAAGAAGGCAUGGAUGCCUCCUAAAUCCGUCAUGGAUCACUUGUCGGCGACGACGAGUGAUCGUUAUCGAACACGGUUGUUCGAUUCGUCAAGGAUCCAUCACCUUGACCCCAGCGCGAAAAACUAUCGCGCUGAGCACGAAUUCUUCAUCGAUGCUUUCUUUAGACAUCGAUGGUACAGUGGGAAUCACAAACGUGAUGGUCCCUCACUACUUCAGGCGUGGAACGCCUACAUCCAUAACCUCGAGGAUGUUGGUCUUGACGCUUGGAACGACAAACUUAUCAAAGCUCGUGAUAAGUUUGAAAAGCGAACCCCGACAGGUGCACGCUACAAGCUGCAUCGUCUGUCAAGGGAGAAAGGAUUACCCUGCCUCUCUUGGGGAGACUCGUGCCCAUGUUGUGCGAACAACUCUGCACGAGCACCUAAGGAGGCUUACCUCCUUACUAGCCCGUGGUGGCGCGUACGUGUCUCUACUGAGAUGUACGAAGGGAUUGACAACCUGAAAUCCCUUUAUGACCGUGCCGGGAAGACUUUCUCCGGCGGUCCUUCUGCGGCACAGGCGGAUGUGCCGCGUCGUACUGCUCAACAAGACCCAGUACGUCGAUCAUCAGUUGGAAGCGGGGCUCCCAAGAAUCCCAGGACGGGGGAUAGCCGCGCCACCGGACGAGAUAACUCGUCCGACGUCCGUUCACGUCGCGGUGGUUCAACAGCUGCUCAACUAGAUAGCGCUGGCCACCGCGAGAGUCCUCUAAUGGAGGUGGAGGAGGUGGAAAGACGCUCUACACACGAUCAUGUGGAUCGGUGUGUUCCCGAGAGCUUCUUUGAUCGCGUAACGCAAGGGUUACGCGACGAUCUCGAACAUGAGCGGAAUAGGCGUCUCCAAAUGGGGGACACUGUCUUGAAGCAUCGAGCUGAGUUUGCCUUUGCUCAGCUUGAGAACGAGAGAUCUCUGAAAUCUCUUCGUGACGAGCUAAGGGUAGCUCGUGUGGAUAUUGAUCGGUCUCGGGAUGAGAUAGCUGCUCUUCAGACCCUUGUUGAUGCCCACCAUCGGGAGCACAAGGCUCUCUGCGAGAUGCUUGAGCGCAAGGGCGUUCUUCAUCGAAAGAAGCAGCGUACUGAUGGUACGGCUUAA